AUGGCGAAUGGAUGGAUGAAGACACUACAAUGUAAGUCAAGAGCUGCAGAUGACGUCCUCCACCAACAGUAUUAUGACCACCGCUCAAACCAUAAAAACCACCAAAACCACUACCUUUUGUUAUCGAACUCCGCCAAUUGCAGAAACAGCGUUCAAAACCUUAGAGACAUAGUUGAUGUCGCUAAACCCAGAAAACCAAAGCCACCAAAACCACCUCAAACGCCUCCGUCGAAUGAACCCUUUUCAAGAAAAUCCGACUUCGGUACAAAACAGUCCAUCAACAAAACACACCACAGUAUCAUCUCUGGAUCCGGCUGGUUGUUACGAGCCACGGAUUCAUGCUUUCCGGCACUCACUGAGCUACCGGAGGGCCAUCCUUCGCGUAAUGUGGUGGAGAUAAUCUUUCGUUCAAGCUGGGGACCCAAGAAUUUCCCUGGUCAGAUUGAAAUGGUGUUCAAGGUCCAGAAUUUAGCCCGGGCAAUGACGCGGUUUGAGGAAUACAGGGAGUUAGUGAAGUCAAGGGCGAGGUCCCGUAGUGCUGCCACCGUGAACGGUGGAUCUGAGGAUCAAGCACGGUGCAUUGCCGAUGGGAAUGAGGUCAUGAGGUUCCACUGCCUGGCGGCCACCACAAGAGGAGCUUAUGACGGCGGCGGUUGUGCAUUUUACGGCGACAAAAAGAGUUCAAUAUGUACAUUUUCAGAGACUGGUGGAGCUCAUGAAAGUGCAGGUGGUGGUAGAGGGCGGAAGUCCAUGUUGGUUUGCCGGGUUAUAGCGGGUCAGGUAUGCAAGCAAUUGAAGUUUGACUCGUUGCUUGAAGGCCGAGUUGAGUAUGACUCGGUGAGCGGAGAUAAUGGCAAGUUCUCAGUAUUUGAUUCACGUGCAUUGUUGCCAUGUUUCCUUGUAAUCUACAAAUUGUAA